GGAAAUUUUUAAUUAUAAAUGGCCCUAAUAAAAUAAUCAUAAAAGAGAUCGCAGUGAAAGUGAUGCAAAAUACCAAUGGAAGGCCAUUUUGUGGAUCACAAUAAGCCGACAACCACGACCACAGCCAAGACCGCGACAAUAGUGCAGCACACGCUGCAGCAGCAGAGGCAGCGACAGCGGCAGGACACAGCUGCAAAUAUCGCCAAUGUCAAUGUGCGAUUCGUCGCCAGACGCCGCUGCACGUUGGGCAUACAAAGCAGCGACGGCAACGGCGACUGCGGACUGUGGUGGCACGAAAAACGGAAAGUGCUACAGACGCGAGCCUAAAGGAAGCGGCUAAAAGAGCCACAAGAACCAAAGAAUGCGACGCUUGGCGCAUAACAAUGCCUGCGCCAGGCCCCAGUGUGCUGCGCACAGUGGAACCGUUGCAGUCGUCAGCAAAUUGGCCCUCUGUGCUAACUUGGUCAACAAAGUGGCCAGACAAAGACAAGGCACAACUAAUCACAAUAAUACAACAAAUAAUACAAAGAGAGCGACAGCUCCCUCUCUCUCACGCUCGCUGUCAAACACAACACAUGUGCGAACAUGUUGGCAGCGAGCUCUUAUACGUCGCAGCAGCGAACAGCUGUUCGAGCUCGAGCCACAAGCCAGCGAACAUGUUGCGUAUAAGAGCGACAGGCGACGAGUAGCAGAGAGAGAGCGCACACAGGUUGCGUAGAAGAGAUUUAUGUUUGCUGAUGUUUGAUGGAAUUUCGUGAUCGCACUAAAUUGAGAACCGACUGCAAAGAGCUAAAUACCUACUCCAACUGUUUAUGCUAAAGAGUACUUUCCGUUUGAGGUAUAUAAAACUGACAAU